AUGAUAGAAGAUGAUAUACAUAUAAUUGCAAAUGAUCCCUUAAUUAUUAUAGAUAAAUUUCCAUAUAUAAAAAAGAAAAGCGUUACACCUGGAGAAUGUGAUGAAAAAAAAGAAAUUACGAAGGUGUAUUUUUUAACUCACUUUCAUGCAGACCAUUAUAUGAAUAUUAAUAAAAAUUUUAAUGAGAAUAUUUUUUCGUCUACAAUAACAAAAAAAUUGCUAAUUAAUAUAAUUGGUGUGGAUGAAAAGUAUGUGCAUAAUUUAAAAGUUAAUAAGAAUUAUUAUCUUUUUAAUUUUGAAAUAAUUUUGAUUGAUGCUAAUCAUUGUCCUGGUUCUGUAAUUAUUUAUUUUGAAUUUUCAAAUGGUACUAAAAUAAUUCACACAGGUGAUUUUCGUUAUUCGAAUGUCCACACUCUUUUAAUAAAAAAAAUAUUAAGUAGCAAUGAUCCAGUUAAAAUAUAUGAAUAUAAUAGUAGAAAAAGACAAUUUAUUGAUAAAUAUUACACAGAAGAAAAUAGCAAUACGUUAGUGGGAAAACGGGAAGAAAAUGAAUGGAUAUUGUGGAAUAAUAAAAAAUAUAAUAAUUGUUAUAUGAAUACACCAUUUAAGAUAUAUAACAGUAAUACAUAUGUUGUAAGUAUUGAUGAAUUCAGAUUAAUGUAUUUAAAAGGAAUUGAGGAUUUAUUAUGGAAGCUUCAAGAUAUGAAAACAGAAUUUUAUGUAUAUGAUUCUAUAGAACGUGAAAAUUAUUUCAACUAUUUUAUGUUUGUAGAAUUGUCUUUAUAUUUUAAUCAAAAUAAUACAGAUAUAAUGUUAAUGUAUGGAAAUGAUACAAUGUUAAAUGACAAUAUUAUAAUAAAUAAAGAAAAUUUAAAAAAUAUUCGUUUUGUUUUAAAUUAUGAUACAAAAGAUUAUUUAGACAAAACUCCAUGUUAUGGUGAUUGUUAUUAUGAAAAAGAACAAGAAGAAAGCCGUGUAAGUAAACAAAAAUACAAUAAUAUCAAGGUUAAGCACGAAAAUGAUGAUGGUGAAAAUAAUAUAAGUACCAAUGGAAAUUGUAAUUCUGCUAAAAUAAAUAUCAAACGAGAAAUCAGUAGCAACAAAGAAGCACGAUGCUGUAAUUCACAUAAGACACUGAAAGAUACUAUAGUUAAAACUGAUACAAAAAAAAAAAUGAAUAAUAGCUAUGAUAUAUGUAAGUUUGAGGUUAAAAAGAACAAAAAUGAUCAAACACCUAUGAAUGAAUUAAAAGAAAAUACGAAUUAUAUAAAAACAAUAUAUCUUGAUACAACAUAUGCAAUGUCUAAAAAUAAUAUGUUUGCCCAUCAAAUGUAUUUGAUUAAUUUUAUUAUUUAUAUAUGCAAAAAUAAAAUAAAACAAAAUUAUAAAGUAGAUGCAUGUAAAGAUGAGAAUUACAAUUUUGAUAAUUUAAGUAAAAUAAAAAAUUCGAUAAAUAAUUCUACACGAAAAAACAAAGAUAAUAAUACAAUGAAAAAUGGCGAUGAUCCUAAAACAGAAAAUGGAUUAUCAUUGAUACCAACGUUUAAAGAGAAUGGUACAGAAAAUAAACUAUCACUCAUGCAUGUAACACCAAGAAAAAGAAAGAAAACUUUAUUUAUGUUUGGAACUUAUAAUUUAGGAAAAGAAAAAGUAUAUUUAAGUGUUUCAGAAGCAUGCAAUAUGAAAAUAUACUUUCGAAACCCAAAGAAAAAAAUAAUUUUUAAUUCAUAUAUAUGCAAUAAAGACAUGUUAAAUAGAAUAACGGAAAAUAAAUUAGAAGCUGAAAUUCAUAUUAUUGAUAUUAAUUACUCUUAUAUAUUUCCUAAAAUUGAAAAAAAUAAAUUAAGAAGCUUAAUAGAUGCAGAAAUGGAAGAUGAAUUUGAUUCUUUUUAUUAUAUUAUUCCAACAGGAUGGGUUAAAAACUAUUAUUUCUAUGAAAAAAAUAACAUGUCUGUUUUUUUAAUACCUUAUAGUGAGCAUUCUAAUUUAGAUGAACUAAGAGAAUUUGUAAAAUCUAUUAAGCCGUGUUCUAUAUGUCCAACCGUGUUUUCUAACAUUAAAGAAAAAAACAGGAUGUUAAACAUUUUUAAUCCAUAUCUCAAUUUAAAACAAGAAGCUUAUGACUUCUUAAAGCCGAAGAGUGAAUUACGACAUAUCAAAAAUAAGAAAAUAGCAAAGAUUAAAAAAGAAAAAUUGAAUGAAAAAAAAAAAAUAAAUAAGCAUAAAACCAAAGCAGAAAAAAUACACACUGAUAGAUAUCAACAAAAAUUGACUUCGUUUUUUUCAUUAACAAAAAGUGAGUCAAUUAAAAAGUGUAACUAA